UCCACACUUCCAUCCAAAAGUCGGUCGACUCCGCCGACCAACUCAACAGGAACUGACGUCUCCUUUGUGCAAGUGGAUGGAAAAAUGCAGGCUGCAGGAAAAAUGGCUCCAAACACCGGACCACUGAAAGGUGUUUAAAUCUCCGCACGGCAACCCUUAGGGCCACACUGACUUGAAAGCCGUCAUACUCAUGGCUCCCUCUACUUGACAGAAUGGCCCAGACACAUAAUGCUAAUGGGUUCAAGAUGGAUGUCCCCAAGCCAAAGGGGGUUGUGGGUAAGGAGGAAGCCCUCCGCAUGGAAGAAGAGGCAAUGGCUAAACUGAAACGGGAUAAGAGACAUACGGUUUCAGUUUUAACUCCUUCAUCUUCCUCCAAACCUUCAAAGUUCUCCACGACUACUGCUGCUCCUCAGCCUUUUUCUUCUGCGAAUGUACCUGACAAGGACCUCAUCGACUUCCCAGAAACCAAGAAGCAAGCAGAGGGGGACAAGUUCAGGGAUAUCGAUGUGGACAAGCUGACUAACGCGGAACUUGAAAAGCUCCUACUGGAUGACAACUUUGGUGUAAACAGCAAAACGUCUCACCCCUCUGCGCUGCUGGGCUUCAACCUCAGUGCCUCUUACCCUGGUGGGAAUCCCUGUAGCUCCUCUCCUUUCCAGAGCAGUCAGUGGACAUCAGUUCUGCCCAGCCAGUCUAACUCUAGUAUGAGCACUCCAACCCAUCAACCCAGUCCGCUCUUCCCCUCGGCUCCCUUUCCUAAACCAGGCACAUUUCAAAAUGGCUUCACUCCACCCAUGUCGUCCUUCAUGGCCGUUCCGCCUCAGCAGCCAUCCUUCAUGGCGUUGCCUCCCAUCCAGGGUCCUGCAGCCAUGGUCUUCCCAAAACCAACCGUGGACCCGGAAAUGGCAAAACUGUUCGACAAGAUUGCAAGCACCUCGGAAUACUUGAAGAACGGCAGAUCCACCGGCAUUGAUGUGGACUGUUCGCAUGUCGGCGUGGCCUCCCUGACACCUAACCCACUGCCUCAACAGGCAGCAGUCACAGAGUCUUCUCACGUUGCCCCCUUUGAGUGGCUGGAUCUGGACCCGCUCACGAAAAGUAAAGCUGAGAACGAGCAAGUUUCCGUGGCGUCGGAAAGCGACGCUCAGGUUGUACCGGGAGUUUUCGCCGGGGACCCUUGGGAUGCCGUGCUCGAAACAGAAGGGAACAAUUCCGGUGGCAGAGGCAGCCCCAGUUUGGAGGGGAAAGUUUCACAGUCGGUCCGCGCACAGCACAGGAGAGCUUCAACAGGGGCACCCGUUGCUAGGAGCCACUCGCUCAAUAUCCCUGGAACGUCUUCCCAGCAGAAAGCAAGUAGUCAGGUAAGGGCACACAAGGCUAAUUUAGAGGCAAUUAACUUUAGGUAUUUGUAA